GGUCCUGACCAUGGACAUGAUACAUAUCCAUAGACACCACAUCGAGUGUUCUUGCCCGCUGCUGCGAUACGUCAACGACGCCGCCUAAUUGGAUGUGUCUGAAAGUUCGAUGACGUCCCAGGGAACCCGGAAGUGCAGCCGGGCUGACCCAGUUACGUUCUAGAACCGAACCGGACCGACACUCGCACCAACAUGCCCCAAAUACACAAGUCGAGGAUUGAAGCCAUGGCCACCAGUGCAGGCAGCGGGCUGGAGGGCUUCAAGGCUCAUUCUGUGUUCCAGGAAAUCCAGAAGAAGCUUCAGGAGGAAGGGGAGCAGUUUGUGAAAAAAAUUGGAGGAGUAUUUGCCUUCAAGGUCAAGGAUGGCCCAAACGGGCAGGAGGCAACCUGGUUGGUGGAUGUGAAAAAUGGCAAAGGAUGCGUUCACAAUGACACAGACGAGAAAGCAGAUUGCACCAUUUCCAUGUCUGACACAGAUUUGCUGGCUUUGAUGACGGGGAAGAUGAACCCCCAGACUGCUUUUUUCCAAGGGAAGUUGAAGAUCACAGGUAACAUGGGGCUGGCCAUGAAGCUACAAAGCUUGCAGCUGCAACCAGAAAAAGCUAAACUGUAGAGGUGUCAGACCUUGACACUUUAAACAUUUCUAUUGUCGUCACUUUUCCUCAUAGUGACUUCACUCACCAAACGGGGGAUUAGUUAUCAGCCCUGCCAGUCUAACCAGAGGACGAGAAGGAUGGAUAAUCAUGUCGCUAACUGACCCUGUCUGCAGACCUUUCAUAAUGGUGUCUGUCCCCUAGAUUUGACGUACGCUCUCUACGUUGUGGUACUAAUUAUAUUCACGUCCAGGUUUCACUGAUAUUCCAUGAUGAUAAAAUCUUUGUUUUGGUCCAGUAUUUUUCAGCUGAGGUCAUUGUGGGCCGCUGGCCUGCAUGUUUGAGAUGUUUCCCUGCUGGAACACAGCUGACUCGUAAAAAUGGAUCAGUACGGCUCUGGUGGAGAACCUGGCGACAAACGGAUUGUCUCAAACAAGCAGGACAGGGGCCCCUGAGGACCAGAAUUGGAAAAACGCUUUGUUUUAGUGUAUUAUCUUUUGAAAUAUUUUGAGGAAAGCAGAUAUUUUUUCACCACUCAUGAGCACAAGUGCCUCUGCAUCUCAGAUGAUAGUUUUUCAUUAAAACAAAUGUAUAUGGUUCUGCUGUAAUUUCCUGCUGCGCUAUAGUCAUUCUGUUGAUAUCUUAAAGAUUAAAUGUGCAGUAAAGGUGUCUUUGCUGCAUUGACCUGGCUUGGGUCCAUCUUUCCAACUGCUGCAUUUAUAUUUAGUGCAAAUCCUUCACUGCCACCGAUUUUUCUGUUCCAUCCAUCCAUUCAUCCAUUUUCCGCCGCUUAUUAGUUAUCAGCCGGGUCGCGGGAGAAGCAGUCUCAACAGAGAUGCCCAGACUUCCUUCACCCCAGACACUUCCUCCACCCCAGACACUUCCUCCACCCCAGACACUUCCUCCACCCCAGACACUUCCUCCACCCCAGACACUUCCUCCAGCUCUUCCUCCAGCUCUUCCGAGACGUUCCCAGGCCAGCCGAGAGACAUAGUCUCUCCAGCGUGUCCUGGGUCUUCCCUGGGGUCUCCUCCUGGUGGGACAUGCCUGGAACACCUCCCUAGGGAGAAGGGACAUGCCUGGAACACCUCCCUAGGGAGGAGGGACAUGCCUGGAACACCUCCCUAAGGAGGAGGGACAUGUCUGGAACACCUCCCUAGGGAGAAGGGACAUGCCUGGAACACCUCCCUAGGGAGGAGGGACAUGCCUGGAACACCUCCCUAGGGAGGAGGGACAUGCCUGGAACUCCUCCCUAGGGAGGAGGGACAUGCCUGGAACUCCUCCCUUGGGAGGAGGGACAUGCCUGGAACACCUCCCUUGGGAGGAGGGACAUGCCUGGAACACCUCCCUUGGGAGGAGGGACAUGCCUGGAACACCUCCCUUGGGAGGAGGGACAUGCCUGGAACACCUCCCUUGGGAGGAGGGACAUGCCUGGAACACCUCCCUUGGGAGGAGGGACAUGCCUGGAACACCUCCCUAGGGAGGAGGGACAUGCCUGGAACACCUCCCUAGGGAGGAGGGACAUGCCUGGAACACCUCCCUAGGGAGGCGUCCAGGAGGAUCCGGUACAGAUGCCCAAGCCACCUCAGCUGACUCCUCUCAAUGUGAAGGAGCAGCGGCUCGACUCCGAGCUCCUCCCGGGUGACCGAACUCCUCACCCUAUCUCUAAGGGAGCGUCCAGCCACCCUGCGGAGGAAACUCAUCUCUAAGGGAGCGUCCAGCCACCCUGCGGAGGAAACUCAUCUCUGUAUGAGUUUGUAUCCGCGAUCUUAUCCUUUCGGCCACUACCCAAAGUUCAUGACCAUAGGUGAGGGUAGGUGCGUAGAUUGAACGGUAAAUCGAGAGCUUUGCCUUUCGACUCAGCUCCUUCUUCACCACGACGGUCCGAUACAUCGACCGCAUAACUGCGGAUGCUGCACCGAUCCGUCUGUCAAUCUCCCGCUCCAUCGUUCCCUCACUUGUGAACAAGAUCCCGAGAUACUUGAACUCCUCCACCUGAGGCAGGACUUCUCCACCCACACGGAGAAGGCACGCCACCCUUUCCCGGUGGAGAACCAUGGCCUUGGUUUUGGAGGUGCUGAUUCUCAUCCCUGCCGCGUCUCACUCGGCCUCAAACCGCCCCAGCACAUGCUGAAGGUCCCGGUCUGUUGAAGCCAACAGGACAACGUCAUCUGCAAAAAGCAGAGAUGAAAUCCUGUGGUUCCCAAACCGGAUCCCCUCCGGCCCCUGGCUGCGCCUAGAAAUCCUGUCCAUAAAAAUUAUGAACAGGACCGGUGACAAAGGGCAGCCCUGCCGGAGUCCAACAUGCACCGGGAACAAGUCUGAUCUACUGCCGGCAAUGAGAACCAAACUCCUGCUCCGAUCAUAUAGAGACCGGACGUUUCAGUGAAGUGUCACAUUAAACAAGGUUUUAUAAAAUACUGCUCUGUUUAUAUUCAUGGUGAAAUUGAAAGCACUAACAUAAGUGCACGGUUAUAGCAUCAAUACAUCCUUGAGAUAUAAAACGAAACUAAGUAAUAAAAUGAAGCUUUUAAAAACAAAUGGUAACAGAUAUAAAAUGAUAAAGUAACGGAACAAUAAUUAGCACACUUGAACUUUAUCUGCACGAGACAACGAGCAGCCACCUUGGAUUCUGCCACUGGUGAUGUCACAAGAAUGGCUCCUUUCUGGAGACCUGAUUUAAUAAAACCUUAAACCUGUUUCCUUUCCAGCUGAUCCUUCCCUGCUUUAAAACAUCCUGAUCCAAAUACGUGGCAUUAACAGACUUGUACAGACGAUGAUGAUCCAUUCAGUAGAAUCAGGUGGGUUGAUGUGAGGAAACAUCUACAACAUGCAGAGUCUGAGACCCCUGUCCUGACUGUGUACAUGUGUAGACAUUUAUUAUCAGUCUGCGACAGGUUACAGAAGGUAUUUAAGGUCAUAUGUGUGAUAUGAGAUUACGCUGCUUUAGCAGGGAAGGAGAUCUCUUCCAACACUUCCAACACCAAGCUGAAAUGCAGAGGUCAGUUUUGUUUUAAAAUUAACUUUUAGGUUUUGCAUUGAUGUAUGAUGUCUCACCCUGACAUAGUACAGGAGAGGUAGUACAGGAUAGUGAUAAAUUUAUAUUUGUAUAGAUAGAUGGAUAGAUAUUAGUGUGUGUGUAUAGGCAUAACUCCAUCUUUUCAUCACCCGGUUUUCAAACAGACAUUUGAAGAGAAGGAGUAACGUAAGGGAGACUAAAUCGUGGUGCUUUUUAACAACGAAUUGUGUAAUCCAGGCUGUGUUACUGUGAAACAUCAUCUCUGUUGCCUGGAUAUUUAAUUAUUAGCUGUAAGUUUUUGUUUGUGAAUAUUUACUGUGUCAUGACUUGGCUCAGAAACCAAGACAAAAAAGGAAAGCCAAUGAUAAUUAUCAAUGGCCAUUAAUAGGCCCUUUUAUUUAAAAAAAAAACAAACAAAAAAACAUUCAUGCAAUUAGAACAAACAAGAAAAGCAUGAGUUUUUUUAUACAGACUGCACCAGUCCAUUCGUGGUGAUCAGAGAGGAUUUCAACCACUCCUUAACAUCUCCAUUCUGUGGAAACAUAAGAGAUGUAUCCAUCUCCUGUUCUGUCUCUCCUGUCCUAAACACUGUUCAGAGGAAACCUUGGACCAAAACAUCUGUCAAGAAACUGAUCACACCAGAAACUGAAGAAAUUCUGUAAGGACUUUUUAAAACUAAAGACUUGGAUGCACUUUUUGAACCUUAUAGAAAUGACAUGAAUGCAACGACUGAAUACGUCAAAUUGUGGUGUAGUCAACACCUUCCACCAGAACGGUGAGCUGCCUCAUCAAUAAUAAACGCUGUAACAACAGUGACCUGAAGGACCUGCCCGACAAAAAAGGGUGGCAUGCAAGGAGGGAGACGUGUUAGAGGUUAGUACAAAACAAUUGAAAGUCAAGGUUAGAGACAAGAGGGAAGGGUACAGUACAGCUGGCUAGCAAAGCUUGCUAGCAAUUGUGUGGCUGGGGAUGAAGAAGAUCCAAGGCUGGAAGCAGAGUGAGGACCAGACGGAGGGAAGUGGGAGAGACCCAUGAACUAAAUCUGUUCAGUCCAUGAACAAGCUCAGCAAGAGUGUGGCCUUCCCUGAGCCAAGCAGAGCUCCUGUCCUGCUUUGACCCACAGCUUCCCUGCCACGUUCCCUCAUCUUCCCCUCACUCCGGGAUCUCAGCGUUGCUCCGUCAUUGUCUCAUCAUGUUGGGAGAUGCAGGGGCCCCGCAGGAUGCACGGAUGCAGGUCCAGUGCAAGAGGAACAUAGUUGAUUAGGAAGUUAUAAACCCUGCUGAAUGACACCAUCUAUUGACAUAAAGGUGCAAAUACAGUGAGUGACCUGAGCCCAAGCAGGAUACCCAUCCUCACUGGCUCUGGGACGCUGGAAAAUGAUAUUCAUCUAUUUUCUCGCCUGAUUAAUUCUUUUUUAUAUUAUGCAUUGGUUUAUUACAUGUUGUAAAACUGUUUGUAAAACUUAACUUUAGUAGUACAUUUUAUGCCUUAUUGUUGUUGAGUCCCAUAUGUUAUGGCGAACCUCCGUUUGGGACCCCUGACCUGAAUAAACGGGCUGCACUCCCAACUUC